UCCUCCCCAAUGCCCCAAAUCCAGAAGAAAAUGUCCAUUCGCUUCGCCCGCUCCCUCUCCUUCCCCCUCCCCACCGCCGCCAAAUCUCGCUCCGCCUUCCACCACCGAUCCCUCACCCUUCCUCCCCGUCUCCACCCCCUCGUCGCCCAAAUCGACACCGACAUCCAAUCCCUCCGAUCCUGGCAACAAAACCCUAACUCCUCAUCCUGGAUCGCCGACGGCCUCUCCCGCAUCGACCACCUCCACUCCUCCUUCUCCGAUCUCUUAAACCAUCCACAAUCCCAAACCCUCCUCCGCCUACGCCGUUCCAUCUGGGCCGACCGCCUCCUCGAAGAUUCCCUCCGCUUCGCCGACGCCCACGGCUGCUUCCGAUCUGCUAUCAUCGCCUUACAUGAUCACCUCUCCGCCGCCCACGCCGCCGUGCGUCGCCGCGACGAUGCCGCCCUAGCCUCCGCCUCCCGCGAACAGAAGAAGACUGAGAAGCAGUUGCUCAGGUUGGCUGCCGAUGCAAGGAGCAUUGGGCGGUCUGGGAUAGCUCUGUCGUCGGCAAAUGCGGAAUUGGCCGGCGUUGCCCAUGAGGUGAUUCUUGGAAAUAUAUUUAAACCCUUAAAGCUCAAAUUAAAGCCACAGGUGACGGUGGCGACUGCGGCGGCUUCAGCGGCAGUGUUCGCCGGAAUAGCUAUGUUAGCCUCGGCUGCGGUGGCGGGGUUGUCGGCGGCGGGUUUGUCGCCGAAGUGCGUGGUGGGUACCAUGUUGUGGAGAUCGGCGGCGUUCAAGAAGAGGGUGGAGGAGGAAGGGGAAAGGUGGAGGGAGAAGGCGAUGGAGAAAAUGGAGGCUGUGGAAAAAUCCAUUUCCGAAUUGGAGGUUUGGAGCCACAGAGUUUUUCGCAGAAUGCUGAAUACCAGAGUCUUCCUCCUCAACGCUCAAACUCCAAUCCUGGAAAAUGAGAUAUUUCUAAGGUGACUGUAGCUCAAAGGGAAAAAAAAGAAAAAUUUUAUGCAUUUGAUUCAUAUUUUUAAAUUUUACUCAAAAUU